GCACUGGGCUUGGCGCCGGCGGAUGUUCAGCCGAGGCAAACUCGAAAAUGAUGUUUCACGGGAAGCGCUAGUCCUACCCAGACUUCCCAGUGUUGAUUUCUGACAAUGGAAAGUUCAUCCAAGAAAGAAGCAUGCUAUUUGCAUUGAUGGCAAAAAAUCAGAGCUGUCUGAACACGAUGCCAUUUGGCUCAGCGCAGCAGCUCGCAAGUCUCCAUGGUGACGCUGCGCGAUGUUCCCUUCACCAUCAGAAUCGUCAGCCUGGACUACUAUAUGGCGCCACCCAUUCCGCACCUGGACUUCUGCUUUUCGUCGCUCGAGGGCACAACCGUGGACCAGGUGCCAGUCAUACGCAUCUUCGGCUCCACGCCGGCAGGGCAGAAGGCGUGUGUGCACGUUCACAGGGCUUUCCCCUACUUCUACGUGCCCUAUGAUGAGAGCUUCCCUACCACUCCCAAUGAGGCCGCCGUGUGCCUCCGCCGCAUGGCCCUGGCCAUUGAGGCCGCCGUGCGGGCCAGCUACAUGCCGGGCCGCGACCAGCACCAGCACCAGCACCAACAGACAGAGGCCGCAGGCGCGGGCGCUGCCGGGGGCCCUGGCGACACCGGGGCAGGCACUGCGGGCGGCGGUGGAGGUGGUGGUGGUGGCAAGGGGCCUCAGGCGCCGCGGCAGGUGGUGCACGCGCUGCAGCUGGUGCGUGGGCGGCCCUUCUACGGCUACCACCUGCAGGAGCAGCUGUUCAUCAAAGUGGUGCUCUACAACCCGCAGGACGUGGGCCGCGUGUCCGGGCUGCUGGCGGGCGGCGCCAUCAUGGGCGUGCGCCUGCAGCCGCACGAGAGCCACCUGCCCUUCCUGCUGCAGUUCAAGAUCGACUUCAACCUGUUGGGCAUGGGCCUGCUGCGACUGGACCGGGUGCUGUUCCGGGGCGACCUGCCCGCACGCGCCAGGCCGCCGCCGCCCGGCUGGGAGCGCGUGCUCAUGAGGCCGCCGCGUGCAGGUGGCGGCGGGAGCGGCGGCGGGAGCAUUGCCGGCGGCGGCGGCGGUGACGCAACAGGAGCAGCAGUGGGGGCUGGAGGAGCAGGAGGUGUCUAUGGUGCUGGUGUGGAGCUGGAGUAUGAGCAGCCGCUUGAGGAGGAGCUCGCCGGGGCGGGACCCGGGAGGCGCGGGAGCGGCGCCGGCCGCGGGAGCGGGAGCGGGAAGGGCAGCGGUGGCGGGCCAGGGGCGUCCGGCAGUGCGGGCCCGCCGACCGAGACGCCGCCGGACCCGGUAGCCAUGGCGGCAGCAGCGGAUGCUGCUAACGCGGCGACGGCCUUUGCUGCGGUUGCGGCGGCGGCGAUGUCGGGCGGUGGGACGCAAGGAAACGCGCGGCGCGUGGAGGGCAUGCUGUGGACGCGACACACCACGCCGCCCGACUGGACGUGGGCGGGGGCGGUGCUGCCCAGCCGAUUCAGGCCGCCUGAGCGCCAAACCACGUGCCUGCUGGAGGCGGACGCGGUGGUGCACGACAUAGGCAACCGCCGCGAGGCUGUGCGUGUGCGGCUGGAGGACGCGGGCGCCGACCAGCAGCUGCUGGAGAGCCUGGUGCCCAUGUGGGAGGAGGAGCGGGCGCGCGGCGGCGGCCGGCUGCCGGAGCGGCCGCGCAGCCCGCCGCGCAGCCCCGGGCCGCUGUGCCCCGCGGUGGAGGCCGUGCGGCAGGAGUUCAGGGUGGUUGCGGAGCAGCAUCGGCGGCAGCUGCUGGAGCAGCGGCGGCGGGAGGCCGCGACCGCUGCAGCCGCUGAGACCGCUGCAGCGCAGGGCGCGGCUGGAGCCAUCGGUGGCGGUGGCGGCGGUGGCGGCGAGGCAUGUGCCCCGCAUGAGCCGCCUCGGGGGCGUGAGGAGGGCCACGACGCUGGUGGCGAGCUGGCGGAUGCCAUGGGGUAUGCGGGGGCGGCAGCCGCAGCGGGCGUGCCGGCUGUGGCCGCGGCUGCGGAGGGCAUUGCGGCAGAGGGCACUGCGGCGGCCUGGGCGGGGCCGGGGCAGCCGGACAGGCAGCCGGAGGGGCCACAGAGGUGGGGCAGUGACGCAGGCGGCGCAGACGGGAUGGAUGCAUCGCCGACGCAGGCUUGGCGCCAACAGCACCAGCGCCAGCAGCACCAGCAGCAGCAGCAGCAGCAGCAGCAGCAGCAGCAGCAGCAUGGACCCUCCGCUCUGAGGCAUGGCGGCGACACCACUCCGCAAGGCGCACAGGGCUCCGCACUGACGCCGCCUGGCGCGGACCAGGCAGCGGCCACCCAGGCCACGCCGGCCGCCGCUCGGCCGCUGCGAUCCCCGCUUCACGCAACUAUGUCCGGUGCUGCUGCUGCUGGUGGUGGUGGUGGUGGAGGUGGUGGAUGGCCCUCGGCAUCGCAACAGCCGGCAGGCCGGGGCACCCCUGGCGGCCUUUUUGGUGGUGGCCAGCGCGAGUCGCUCUUCUUGGCUUCCCAGGCCGCGAACCUGGUGCUGGGCACGGGCCGGGUCGCGAGGCCGGACGGCGGCCGCACCUCCCGCGCGGCAUCCGGCGGCAGCCAGCACAGGACGCCAGGGGCGGAGGCGGCGGGCAUGGGCAGCAGCCAGGUGGCAGGAGGUCCCGAUCUCACGCCGCCGCCGCCCGCACCUCAACACCAGCCGCAGCAGCGCCGACUGCACCCGCUGCCUCCGCUGCCGCCGCCCUCCAGCCAGCGGCCUCCGCUGCAGCCGCCCUCGCGUGGCCUCUCACAACAGCAGCAGCAGCAGCAGCAGCAGCGCGAGUUCAUCCGGCCGUCUCCGCUGGUGCCGCCGCCGAUGCCGUCCCUAAGCCCGCCCCAGCUUGGCGGCAGCCAGCCGCCCGUAGCCGGCCCUCUCGGCGGCAGCCGCGGCGGCGGCGGCAGCCACGCUGCAUGCGCCCUUGGAGCUGAUGGUGAUGUCGGCGCUGCGGGCGGCGGCUUCGAGCCACUGGAAUGGGUGGCGUCGCAGCUGCACCCAACACCAGCGGGCGCACGGCGCCGGCGCAGGCAUCAUUCCGGGCCCCCCUCCGCUACCGCGUCGCAGCAGCUGGCGCCCUCUCUCACGCCCCUGCAAGACGCUGGCGUGCUAACACAACGCCCACCGCCCGCUGCUGCCCCCGGCCGCGCCCCCCAACAGCUUCACGCCAUGCAGACGCCGGCCCCGUUCAGCAACAGCCGAGGUGCGGCUGCGGGGCUGGCUGCGGCGCUCGUUACGCCGCGUCACCGCAGCGCCACGCCGCCACCUGCGGGCGGCCUCGCCGAGCUGUUGUCGCAGCCGCCCGCGCACAGCGACCACCCGCACCCGCACCCGCACCCGCACCCGCACCCCGGGCCCCUGUCCCAGCCACUGUAUUCUCAACGGCAGCCACAGCCCGACACAGGCAGCCAGCCCAGAGGCAGCCAGCUGAGUGGCAGGGCAGAUGGCGACACAGCAGUAGCGGCGGCGGCAGUGGCCGCGGGCGGUGCUGGUGGUGGUGGCGGUGGCGGCGGCGCAGUGCUAGAGGAGGAGGCCGUGCCGUUGCUGCAGCUGGACCUGCAUCUGCGUCCGCACGUUCACGAUGAUGGCUACGGCGACGACGUCGGGGAGCUGGAGCUGGAUGAAGACCACUUGGAGGGAGACGACGUGAAUGAGCGCGCGGCGGCCUCACAGCUGGUGGAUGCGGAUGCGCUAGCGCGUGUGCGGGAGGAGCGCCGGCAGCGGCGGCGCCAGCGGCGGCGCCAGCGGGUGCAGCUCAGCCAGUGGGGCAGCCAGGGCCUGCGGCGGUCGCAGCCGGCCGCCUCGCAGGAUGCUGCGCGUGAUGCGGGCGGGCGGGCAGCGGACGCCGCAAGGGAGGCCGGCGGAUUCGGCAGCAGCCGGCGCGCCAGCGACAGUGGUGGUGGCAGUAACAGUGGCAGCGGCAGCAGUGGCAUGGAUAGUGGUGAUGAGUGGUUUUGCAGGCAGGGCGCUGCGGGGUUCGGGCGGCAUAGCGGCGCGGAGGAUGAGGGCGAGGGCGAGGCGGCGGAGGCGGACCCGCUGUUGGACCUCGCCGAUGAGCUGGAGCGGGAUGACGACCGCGGCGCCAACGGCGAUGGCGGACGCGACAGCGGGCUAGGGGGUGCAGCCAGCCGGGACAUUGACAUGGAGGAUGUGCUGCCGCAGCCGCACCAGUCUCAGCGGCAGCGGCAGCGUAUCACCAAUGGCAACGAGGAGCCACAGUCGCAGCCGCCGCAGCAGGCGCAUCCACCUGCGCUGCCGCAGCAGAGCACUCCACGCGCCCCCGCCGCCGCCGCCCCCGCCGCCGCCCCGGCCCCCGCCGCCGCCGCAGCAGCAGUUGUGGACGCCAUGGAGGACGACGAGUGGGACGCUCUGGCCGCAGAGCUGGCGUCCGCGGUGGAGGCCAACUGGGCUGCUGGCGCGGCGGGGCACGGCUUGGGCCCGGAGGCAGGGGGGGAGCAGGAGGGGCGGCCGGGUCUGGAGGCCGCACUCGGGCCCGGAGGCCACCCGGCUGCUGGCGGCUCUGACCAGCUGAUGGCGCUGGCGGAGGAGAUGGAGCAGGGCGAGGGCGAGGAGCAGGCGGAGGAGCAGGCGGAGGGCGAUGAGCAGCCGGUGCGGGGCGCAGAAGCGGGCCGAUUGGCAAACUCUGCAGGGCACCAACAGCAGCGGCAGCAGCAGCCCUACGCGCAGCAGACUGAGCAGGGGUUGGGCGCGGGCGCUGAAGCAGCAGAUGCGGAAGAGGAGCAUUACCCUGGAUACCACCGCCACUAUCACGGGCCUGUGUAUGACGUGGAGGGCGGUGCCGCCGGCCGCACAGCCGCACUCGCACCCCAUGGCGCUGCGGCAGCCGCGCUACGUGACCUAGAAGACCUGGUGCCGCCGCCGCCACCACCACGUGGGCAGCAACAACGAUCACUGCAGCAGUUUGCUCCGCAACCCGUGCAGCCGGCAGCAGCAGGUGCUGCUGCUGCUGCUGCUGCGGCGGCGCCGGCGGUGGCGGUGGCGGCGUGCGUGGGCGACGACCCCAUCAGCGGCUCGUCGUCAGACGAGGGCGCCGGCACCGGCGGCGCCAACCACGGGGGAGCUGAUGACGUGGAGGAACACGACCUGGACCUUGAUGGCGGCGGCGCCGCGGGCGCGCAUGUGGGGGCUGCUGCCGGCAGCAGGGGCCAUGGCCGCAGCGUCUGGGAUCCGGGCAACGAGCGCACACCCAAGCGGCAGCGCCGGUAUCCGGCGAACACACAAGCAGCGGCAUCCGCCGUCGCCGACCGGCCUCAGGCGCCCGAGCUGGCGGAGGGCCCGCAGGCGUCACCGCCUGCGCGGGGCGGGCUCCAGACAGGACCCGGGCCGCCGCUGGGCCCCGCUGCGGCGGUGACACCGAACAGCGUGCACGUCCAGAGGCGCUGGGCGGGUGCUGCUGCAGCUGCCGCCAUGGCGCCCGCUGGACAAACCCUGCACGCGGCGCAGCGCCCGUCACCAGCAGUAGCGGGAGCAGUGACAGGAGCGGCGACAGUGGCUAUGGCCGGCGAGGGUGGGCAGCAGCAGCAGCAGCAGCCGCAGCAGCAGCCGCAGCAGCGGCAUUAUCGUUCACCUGAGCUGAUGUCGCCACUGCCGCUAGCGCAAAGCUCGCCUCCCACGGCGCGCGGGCGGCGGCCGGGCGGCCUACUGCUCACGCCGUCCAGGGCCGUAACGCCGCCGGGCGCCAGUGCCGGUGCCAUCGUGGGCGCAGCAGCACCUGGAAUGCAGGAGCAGACCCGGCUGCCUGUCCUGCCGCUGCAGUCCAGCUGGCAGGCCGGGGCUAGUGGCGCCGGCGGAACCUUGGCGGGGGCGCCCGAGUGGGGCCCGGAUGGUGCGGGGGCCGCGGCGCCAUUUGACGCUGGCGCCUGGCCACCUGCGGACGGUGGCGUGCUGCGUGUCGGCGGCGCUGGUGCUGCUGGUGCAGGGCAGGCGGCAGGAGCGGCAGCGGCUUCGCCGGUCGUGUCGGCUUGGGAGUUGCUGCAGCAGCAGUCGCCACAGCUGCAGCCGGCGCCGCCGCCUCCCCAUCACUAUGCGCAGGCUGGCGGGCAGUCGCCGAGGUCAGCAGGACACGGCGCACAUCCUUUGCAGCUGCAGCAGUGGCAUGACGUGCAGCGGCCGCUGCUGCCGUUGGGCCCGGCGCUGGCGUGGCGGGGCGGGGCGCCGCAACAGCAGCAGCAGCAACAGGAACCGAUGUGGCAGCCACGCUUGUGGGACGACGCGUCUGAUGAUGAGGAACAUGGACAUACCGGAGCCGACGACAACUUGUCGGCAGGCCGCGGGGCCGCAGGUGCUGGAACAGGCGCAGGCAACGACGCGGGCGGUGCCACGGGCGGUGGCGGCGAGGCUCAGGCAGGCGGGCGGGGCGGUGUCAUCCCGCAGGUGGACGGCGCGGGGGACAGUGAUGGCGAGGACGGCGGCCGCCGGCGGCGGAAGAAAGCGAAGAAACAGAGCAAGAGCAGCAAGGGCCGGAAGAGUAGCCGGACGGCAGCGGCAGACGAUGCGGCGGCGGCGGCGUCUUGCGCCGCUCCUGUGGAUGGCAGUCCCGGCACUGCCUGUGCUGGCGCGGCGGUUGCAGCGGAGGCGGCACCUGCAGGCGAGGAUGCAGCAGCGGCGGAUGCAGCGGAAGCCAACUUGGCACCGCAGUUGCAAGCGCCUAUGGCUGAUGCCGCGGUGGUGGUGGCCGUAGCCGGACGCUCCGCAGCCGCUUCCACGGCAGUACAUACCGCACCCACACGGGCGGCUGUGGUGCUGGCCACUGCGAGCGGCGGUGGUGCUGUUGCUGGCAUGGGUGUCCGCAGGGGCUUCCAGCCGCCACGUCGCAUAGCCACGCCGGCCACCACGCCGCAGGGAUCUCCGUCCAGGGCGCACAGCACCGCCUCUCCCGUGCCCAGCGUUGCGGCAGUGGCGGCGGUCACAGCCGCCACCGCCGCAGCGGCCGCGGUGUCGGCGACGACUACCAACACUGUCCAGGCAGCAUUCGCGGCAGUGACGGCGGCAGCGGCGGCUGCGGCCAGGCCAGACGCGGCGCUGCCCCAGCUGCUGGCGGGCACGUCCCGCCGCCUGGUGUCGGGUUUGUUCCGGCCCGGAAGCGCGCGGCGGCGGGCGGCGGGGGCGGCGGGGGCGGCGGGGACUGCGGUGCCUGGGGCUGGUGGCGGGGGCGGCAGCAGCGGAAGCCGCGCCAACGCACAGCCAGGCCAUGCGUGUGGUGGUGCAGGUCAUGCUCGCGAGCAACUGACGCACUGCCAGCAGCAACCGCCAAACGAUACGCAGCAGGAGCACGGCCAAGAGGAGCAGGAGCAGGAGAAUGAAGACCCAGGUCAGUCGUUGCACACCGAUAGCCGACCUCCAUCGCCGGCGCUGCCGCACGGCGAGCGGCUCCAGCCCGGCUCUGACGCGGUGGGUGCCGAUGAUGAGGCGGUCGGCGCAAACACACAGGCGACACCGUACGAUGAGGAGACAGCGGUGGGCGAGGCAGCGGUAGAGGAGGCCGCGGGGGCAGAGGGGCCACCAGGUGCAAUGGCCUGGGAGUCCGAGCAUGAGGACGAAGGCACCGCGCCUGAGGACAUCGCUGCAGACGUCAGUCAGCAGCAGGAGGCCGGAGCGGCAUCCGCACAGGUUGCGGCAGCGCUUCCGGAGGACCGCGACCUCGACCGCGGCAAUGACCAAACGACGGCGAUGGGUGUCGCGGAGCACACGGGCGAGUGCGCCGCCGAGCCACAGCAGGCGUGGCAGGGCGCCGAGGAAGAAGAGGAGGAGGCAUGGCAAGAUGAUAUGCGGGCUGGCGGGACAGGGGGCCACCGUCGGCAGGAGCAGCAGCCGCCUGCUUGGGAGGAUACAGGGUGUCACGAGCAGCAUGUGGUGCACAGCGGGACAUUGCCACUGGCGGGGCACACAGAGGCUGCAGUGGAUGCUGCUGCUGCUGCCGCGGCCGCGGCGGUAGCAGCAGUGUAUGGGGCGAACGAAGCGGCGGAGGGGGCAGGCGAGGACGCUGCGGCAGAGCAAGGACUGGGGCCGCCGGCUAUGAGGCAGACGGAGGCGUCGCAGGCUGCAGACGGAACGGCCGAAGGCGCCACUUGCGACACGGCAGGCGAUGCAAAUCGCAGCGCGGAAGCUGGAACCCAAACCCAACCAACAGUGCAUUUGCAGUCACAGUCCACGCACGAAUCCAACCUUAAAAUAGCAACAAAUGCGACACUUGGGCAGCGGCAGGAUGCCGUGGCCAUGCACGGAUGCACGCAGCAAGAGCAGGAUGACCGCUUUGGCGAGGACGUGCUUGGCUUGGGCGGUGCCGGUGGCGGCUACGCGCCCGAGGCUGAGGCAGCUGCAGCAGCAGGACCAGCUGCGGGGAGUGCGGCGCACGUGGAACCACGGGGCCUUCCAGAGGCUGGUGUCACACCAGGCGCCGCCGCGGUGCAUGAGCAUGAUGACGCCAGCCCAGGCGGUGGUGCUGCAGGGAGCGGCGGCUGCAGCAGCAGUGCUGAGGAGGGGGCCAUAGCUGCAGGAGCAAAUGCUGCGGCGGACGGCAGGGCGCUUGUAGGAGACGUGGGCUCAGCUUGCGCCGGGCCCCGCGCUGGUUCCGGGCCAGAACCGGAGUUGGAGCUAGAGCCGGGACCGGAGCCGGAGCCUGAGCCGGAUCUGGCAGCCAAAGUCGAGCUGGGGCCUGUGGUGCUAGCAGAGGCAGGAGUGACCGCCUGCCGAGCGCCUGCGCGGACAGCCGCAGCUGACAGCUGGGGCUCAGCGAUGCCCACUGCUGCGGAUGCGGGCGCUGUAGUCGCGGAGCAGGCGGCGGAUGCGCCGGAAGGGCAGCAAGGCUGUCAGCAGCAGGAUCGGCGGCAGGAGGCACAGCAGGAGGCACAGCAGGAGGCGCAGGGCGGCCGGGGAUCAUUUAAGGGGCGUGAAGAGGAGCACUUGCCGGGGUACCCACUCAGUCCAGGUCCCCAGGACUCAGGCCAGCGUGCGUCCCUGCACGGAACCGCAGCGGCAGCCGCUGGGGCCGCGUCCCUGCAGACGCCGCUGCCCCAGCAAAAGGAGCAGCUGCCGCGUGAGGCGCAGCAGGGGUCGGCGCCUGCUGGGGCGGAUUCGGCUUCCGCCGCGUCCCCGCUGUGGGCGGUCCUGUUCCCCCAGGAGGAGGACGCCGAGCCUGAACUGCAGCCGGAGGACGGUGACGAGGAGGUGGGAGAGGCGGAGAAGGCAGGGGAUCUGGAGGAGGAAGGGGUUGGUGAAGCGGAGGACUUGCAUGCGCAGAUGGCUCAGGAGCCGCAGCCCGCGCCGCAGCAGGUGGAUAUGGUGCCGGCGACGGAGCUGCAACCCGACCUCGAUUUGCUGCUCACAGCGGCGCCGCAACAGCAGCAGUCAGAAGGGCAUGAGGCUGUGGGAGCACCCGUGGCCGACGGCUGGCGUGUGGCAGAGGAGGCGGGGCACGAGGCGCAGUGGGCGGCUAGUGUUGUCGGGGUCACGCCCGCCCGCGCCCUGCCGCGCGCUGCACCGAGUGCGCGUGUCGCACAAGCACACCCAGCAGCAACGCCCAGUGUGGCGGCGGCGGACGGCGGGUACAACCCAAGCCCGGCUGCCGCUCAGGGCCCGGCGCGGGCGUCAGGGCCUGAGCCACUGCAGGCGCGAAGCCUGUCAUACAGCGUCUCGCACUCCGAUGUAGACUCGCCGCCUCUCGCUCAGCAGCCAGCCUCUGGGGGACCCAGCACCGGUCGCGGACAGCUGCCAACGCCCGCCUCCCAUUCGCAAGCGCUACCGUUGCAACAGCCGUCGCCCUUGCCGCCAUCACCAUUGCCGUCGCAAGCGCCAGAACAGGCGAUGCGCGCGUUUGUGCUGCCACCAAUGACAUCGCCGGGCUGGUCAACGGGUGGCGGCAGCGGCGGCACCGGCGCACCCAGUUGCGGUGACGGCACGCCUGCCGAUGCGGACCUUGGGACCCCCGCCUUCGGGCUGUUUGCUGCAGCAAGCCCGACAGCAGGGCAGGGCGCAGCAACAGGCGGCGCGCGGGGCCGCACAACUGGUGGCGACAGCGGCGGGGGCAGGGGCCUUUGUCACGGGGCUGCUCUGGGUGGUGCGGGGCCGCCGGGCUUGGUGCUCUGGAGUCCUGGAGUGCCACCACUGCGGGUCUCACCAGCGGCUGCUGCUUCCGCAGGCCGUGCAGAAGUCGGAGCCGCAGCAGGAGGAGCAGCUGCAGUGGGAGCAGUCGGAUUUGGCGCAGCCGAAGGAGCAGCAGAAGCCAGUGUAGAGGAGGAGCCAGCAGUGGCCGGUCCCGCGUCGGCCGCGCGAGUGGCGCAGGAACCGCCGUCUCGGACGCCGGACCGCGGCCCAGGCGCAAGCCCGGGAAUCCUACCCGGCGACGGUGCGGACCUCUCGCCGGGCGGCAGCAGGAGCUGCUACUUGCCCACACAGCCACUUUCGGAGACGCCUGGUGACUGGCAAUUGCCGGGCCGCCAUGGACGGCUACGGGUCCCCAUGGCACAGCAGCAACAGCAGGCACAACAGGAGCAGCUUGCGGCACAUGCGCAACCGCAGCACCCGCAGCCAUCCCCGCUGCACCAUGGCCCCAGCCCCCACGGCCGUCACAAGCCAGACUUUGACUUCGACGUACCAGCCACGCUGCCCCUGUCCCUGCAGCAACCCUCGCCGCUGCCGGUCAGGGGCCCACGGUCGCUCCUGGCACUGGGGCCCGCCUUGCCCCCGUCGCCGCCUCUGUUGGGAGGCGCCCGCCUAUUGAUCCGCGGUGGCGGUGCAGCUGCAGAGGCAGCUGGCCGGGCGGGUGCUAGCGCUGCCGGCGCCCCAGCCGGGCUGCAAAGCACAGGCACGGGCGGCUCGCAGCUGGUGCCGACGCAAGAGCUUCGGCUGUUGGCGGAGCCGCUGGCGGCCUCGGGCGGCGGCACCAGCUCCUCCAUGCCGCCUCCCAGCUGGAACCCGCUGCGAGCCACGCUGAUGGCUUCUUCAUCCCAUUCGGGUGGACCUAGUGGGUCACCGCCCCCGCCCCAGGCGUCCCAGCGCCACACCCAGGCGGCGCUGCUGGGAGCCGCACUCACGCCCACGCAGCCGCUGCUUCAUAUCCGUGUCGGCCAGGACACGCUGCCGGGCACACAGCCAAGUUCGUGGGAGGCGUCGCUGCCGCGGCCGCAGCCGCAGCCACCAGAGCCAUCCCGGGUGGCUGCAUCUCCGCUCGUUGCCCCUCAAUUGGCCAGCAGGUCAGCACCGGCUGAUACGCCGCAGCAGUCACAGCCAAUGCCGUGUACGGAGCGCCCGGCAGCAGUGCUGUCUGCAGCAGAUGCAGUUGCCACAACCGAGCCUGACGCGCCGCAGCGAGCAUACCAGCAGGACAGUAUCCGAUACUCCUCGCACCAGGAACACCACCACCCGCACCCGCUGCACAAGCGGCACAACGACACGACAGCCACGGUGCGGGUUGGGAGCCAGCACGCGCCUUCAGGCGCCUCUCCUUCCAUCCCGCCCUCCGAGACUUCGGCGCAGAUGGUGCCUGCUACUGCCGAUCCUCGCGGCAGCUACAGCCAUGGCGGCGGCCACGGCGGUGCAAGCCAGCCCUUGAGGCUGCAGCUGCCAGGGGCGGCGAUGCCGCAGGAUGCAGACCAGCGCGGCACACACGCAGUGCCGCCGCCGGGACCGGACGCAGCGAAGGCGACCGAGGCUGAGGCAGAUGCAGGGGCUGAAGCGGACCCGGUGGGUACUUUGCGGGGUUUGCGGGAUGAGACGCCGUCGCUGGCGCCUACGCCACUGGAUACAGCGGCACAGGUCGCCACGCCGCCCAGCUCUGGACUGGGCAACUCCCAGCUGGGGACAGCCGUCGUGCCGGGCACAGCCCCUGCCAUUGGCACGGCGGCGACCACACAAGCCACGGUCUCUGCUGCCGCCGCUGCAGCCGCCGCUGCUGCGAGUAAUGAUAUCACGGCAAGCCUUCCUGCCACUGCUUGUACCGGCGCUGGUGGCGACGUUGCUAGUUGCAUUGGUGGUGCCAGCCUCUUUGCGGAGUACAGCGAGGCAGACGCAGCGCCCGCUGCAGGAGAUGUAGCUGGCACACUACUCGAGUCGCCACCGUCAGCCGCGCCAGGGUCAGCCGCGCCAGGUUCAGCCGUGCCAGGGUCAGCCGCACACGCAGCCGCAGCAGGCGAAGCGGAUCAAGGCCGGAGCCAGGAUGUUCCACGCACUGCCUCACAGGCCGCGCAUGGUGCGGCUUGUGUGACGCCACCGCCACCGCUUAAGGAGGUUACCGGCGAUGCCACCAGCUUGCACGCACGUGACGGCUCGGCAGGGACGCGCACUACCAGCAGCGGCGGCGAGCGCACCGCCGCCGUCACUGGAGCAACCGGUGGCGAUCGCCCAGCCAUGAGUCCACCAGGAACUGUGGUCGUCACCAACGCCAACAAGACUGCGGCGGCCACCAGUCUCGGCCCGUCACCCAGCGGUUGGACGUCUCCCCAGUGCGGCCAGCGCACGCCCGCUGCUGCAGCCGCGGCGGCUGCGGACGUAGCAGCCGCGGUACGUGCAACUGGAGCCGCUGCUGCGCGCGGCAGCACAGGUGGAGGAAUCGGGACACAAGGCUGGGGCUCCACGCCCGUUGGGGCGCUCGCGCCGGUGCCUUUCCCACCCCUCGCAACGCCGCGUAGUCCGCCGCCGCGGGCCACAGGUACGGUUGCAGCAGGCGACGGCACCGGUGCUGGGCCCAGCUCGGGAACAAAGACGGCAGGCGAGGGUGGCAGGGGCACGCAGGCAGGCCUGGGGGCGGCUGGAGCGCUCGCAGCAUCAGUAGCACUGGCUGGCCCCACUGCCGCGGUACAAGACGGCGGCGGCGGCGAUGCGGAGGAGGGCGCGGGCGGUGCGGAGCGGAAGCGGAGGAGGGCCAUUGAGGCGGGCGGCAGCACCGGUGCUAGGAAGCCUGGCGGCGGGGAUGGAGCAGGCGGCAGUGGAAGCGGCAACUCGGACCAUGGGCGUCCAGGUGGUGGUGGCGGCAACGGUUCAGGCAGCGGCAGCGGCGGUGCUGGUAAUCCUGGUGGCCCAGGUGACCCGGACGGCGGUGACGACGACGGCGAGGAGGAGGAGCCCAGCCGCCACGCCGGCCUCAUCUGCCUGAGGCCGCGCGGCCGGCCGCCGCCGCCCUCGCAGCUGCUGGCUGACGCGGACUGGUACGGCCGCCAGCUGCCACCCAUUGUGCACGUGGACCCCUUCUACGGCGACCCAAAGGACGUGCCGCCGCGCCCCGUCAUCCUGGCCAGCAGGGAGUACAAGAUACCAGCCUGGGCCGACGUCCCGCCCUUCCACCGCGGGCCUCCAGCGGCGCAGCCGCUGGCGCGGCUGAGGGCGUCAGCUGCCGCCGCCAAGCGGGCCGCCACCGCAGCGGGCGCCGCAACAACCAACGGCCCAGCGCCAGAAGAAGUCAACAGGCUAGGCUGGGGCCGCGUGCGGGGCUACGCACUUGUGCCGGCGCUGCCGCCGCCGCCUCCAUCGGAGGUACACGCGUGGGCGGAGCGCCAGGCGCGCGCCCGCAAGGCGGCUGCAGCAGCGGCCGCGGCGGCCAGGGCGCGCCGGAGGCGCGGCGCUGCCACGGCCGGCCCCGCCGCCGCUAUUGCCGGCGCCGCUGGUGCCGGUUCCGCCGCUGUAGCGGCCACGCCGGCGGCUGUAGCAAUGGCUAUGGACCCAAACACAGGAGCGCUGGUGCCAGUGCGGGCUACCGCCGCCGCCACAACGCCGGCUGGCGCGCCUGGGAGAAUCUCCACAGACACCGGCCUGCGGCAGCGGCACCACCGCCGCCGCGCGCCGCCACGGAUGCUGGCGGGUUCGCAGGGUCCUGCCAGUGGCGGCGUUGCGGCUGACGGCGUCACGCCGCUCAAGCUCAGCGCGGACCCCGCACAGAGCCUGCUGGGCACUCCCUCGCUGGGCGGCUCCAGGCACUCGGCGGACAGCAUGGGCGGCGGCCACGGUGAUGGCGGCGGCGGCGGCUCCGCCGGCGGCAGCCAGCAGCCGGGGCCUGACGACGAAGAUCUUGAGGAGGAGGAAGAUGACGAGGAGGAGAAGGAGGACGCAGAUGAGGACGGCGGGGACGACGAGAUCGGAGAUGGGGAGGACGAGGACAGUGAGGACGAGCCAGGCAUUGCGGACGCGCCGCCGUCGCCCAAGUACGACGAGCGCACAGCUUUCCUGGGCGUGGUCGCACUGGGCGCCGCCGCCGCCGCCACUGGCGGUAUGACGGCGGCGCGCCGGCGGCGCCGCCGCCGCCAGCGGCGGGAGCGGGAGCGCAAGAGGCUAGCCCUCGACGCGGCGCAGCCUGAGGCGGCGGCCAAGAUAGGCUCAGGAGCAGCAGUGGGCAUGGCAGCGCGUGGGCCAGGGCUAGGGGCAGGGGCUGAGGCUGCGGGUGCGGGUGCAAGCCAGGCGGCGGUGCCGCCACGCCGCCGCCACCGCCGCCGCCUCGCCACGCAGCGCCCGGGCGUGGACGCACCAGACUUCGUCUUGGGCGGCGGGAGCGGAGCGUCCGAGGACAGCGACGACGAAGAUCUGUCGGAGCCCGAUGCUUUUGCUGCAGCCUAUGACGUUGACGGCGUCCCCAUCAGCGGUACGGCCGCGCCGCUUCGUCACGACUCGCCAGGUGGUGCCGGCGCGGCGCGCAAGCGCCGGCGCGUGCGGAGGCGCCUUCACCAAUCGCAGGCGCCGCAGCUAGGGGCAUUGGCUGGAUCAGCGCCACGGUCUCAGGAGCCUGUGGCUGCAGCUGCGGCCGCAGCGGCCGGGAGCCCGGGCUCUGCAACGCCGGCAGUGGCGCCGGCAGCCGCUAUGGCCGCCACACCUGCAGCUGCAGCAGAUGCGGGCAGCUCCCCGCCUAGCGCCGGCCAGGAGGCCGCGCCGCAGUCCCUGAAGCCGCCCAAGCCGCCCAGCGCGCGGACCCAGCCGCCGGCACCGGCCUCCAUGGCAGCCACGCCCGCUGCCCGCAUGCCGCUGCGCCCCUUCGCUGGUGCUGCCGCAGGCGCUGGCACCGGCUCUGGCGGCGGCCCAGCAGCAGCAGUAGCAGCAGCAGCAGCAGCCGCAGUGGCAGCCGCCACGCUGCCACCACCGCCCUCGGUGUUCCAUGGCGGCACCGCAACGCUGCGCACGCCCGGCGGACCUGCGACUGCCGCGCCGCCCUCACUUCUGUCGCCGCUCCGUCCAGCAGGCCAGGCCCCGUCCGGACCCACACCACCCAGCCAGCGUGGGUUCAAGCGCAAGGGCAGCGGCGGCGACCGGCGCGAGUGGGUGACGGUGGCGGCGGUGGAGAUUGCGGCGGCGUGCCGGGGGCAGCUACUGCCGGACCCCAAACAUGACGCCGUCACGGCGGUGUGCAUCACGGUGAUGGAGGCGGGCGAGGCCGCGCCGCCGGCCUGGGCCUACCCCACCCGAGUGCUCAUACUGGACCCCCGAGCGGUGGCAGCACCUGCAGCCGCCCCGGCGCCCAUGCCAACGCCCGCUGCGGCGCCCGCUGCCGCGCAUGUUGCGGCGCCUGCUGCCGCGCCUGCUGCGACGCCUGUACUCACAGGCACAGCGGUACCCGGACCCGCAGCCAUAUCAACAGCAGCCGCGACCGCAGUUCCAGUGCAGUUGCACCACCCUCACCCUCACCCUUACGAUGCGGGAGAACCCCAUGCGGCAGCCGGAGGCGCUGCGCGGGCUGGGCCGGCGCCUUUCGCAACAGCCAGCCCCACUGCGCCAACGGCAUUGCCGCAGCCACACCCAGUCGCUGGACCGGGCGCCGCAGCAGGCCCUGCUGCCAACGCGGCCGCAGUGGCAGCAACAGGCACAGCAGCUGAAGCCGGAGCAGCAGCCGCAGGUGCAGGAGCAGGGGCUGCGGCGGGGUCUCCGCCGCUGAGCCCAGCUGAGCGGGGUGUGCUGACAGGUCCGGGCGGUGUGGAGAUCGGGCCGGUGCGCGGCACGGCGGUGACCAGUGACGGCCUGCGGGGCGUGCACGUGGAGGCCUUUCCGGACGAGCCUUCCCUGCUUCGUGCCUUCGCCGCCGCGCUCAGCUCCCUAGACCCGGACGUGGUGUGCGGCUGGGACGUGCAGCGGCACUCCCUGGGGUACCUGGCGGAGCGGGCGGCGGCGCUUGGGCUGGCGCCGCCGCUGCUGCGCGCUGCGGGCCGCACGCCGGGCACCUCCUCCGUCAAGGAGCGCCAGAACGACGAGUGGGGCGCGCUACACGCCAGCGGUUUCCAUGUGACUGGCCGCGUGCUGCUCAACCUGUGGCGGGUGCUGCGCGGCGAGCUCAAGCUGGGCAGCUACACCUUUGAGAGCUGCGCGGCGGCGGUGCUGGGGCUGCGCGUGCCCCGGGUGCGGGAGCAGCAGCUGGCGCUGUGGUUUGCAGCGGGCCCCUCCGCGGGCCGCUGGCGCACCCUGUCCUGGCUGUGUCGGCGCUGCCGGCUGCAGCUGGCCAUGGCGGAGCAGCUGGACCUGGUGGGGCGCACCGCGGAGAUGGCGCGCACGUUCGGCAUCGACUUCUUCUCCGUCCUCAGCCGCGGCAGCCAGUACCGCGUGGAGAGCCUGCUGGUGCGGCUGGCGCACACCAACAACUACAUAAUGCCCACACCCAGCCGCGAGCAGGUGGGCGGCCAGCCCGCCAUGGAGGCGCUGCCGCUGGUGAUGGAGCCGGAGAGCCGCAUGUACGCCAGCCCCGUGGUGGUGCUGGACUUCCAGUCGCUCUACCCCAGCCAGGUCAUCGCCUACAACCUGUGCUACUCCACCUGCGUGGGCCGGCCCAUGCACGCGCGGGCAGGCGGCACGCCGGUGCGCCUGGGUGUGACGCAGUACAGCUACCCCGUGGGUGCGGUGCUGCCGGCCGGAGCCAACAACAACAACAGCCACCAGAACCACCAGAACCACCAGCCCCAACACGGCGGGUCACAACUAGCCGGAAGGGGGGCAGCUGGUGCAGCGGGUGGGGCUGGUCACCAGCAGGAGGAUCAGGGGGCGGCGGGCCAGGGGCAGGGCCAGGGGCAGGGGCAGGGUAAUGAUGACGCCGCCAACAACGACGCGGGCGAGGAGGCGCCUGCUGCCGGCACCGCCACCCCCGAGGACCUGGUCAUCAGCCCCAACGGCGUGGCGUACGUGUCGCCGCAGGUGCGGCCGGGCGUGCUGCCGCGCAUGCUGCGUGAGAUCCUGGACACGCGCGUCAUGAUAAAGGGCGCCAUGAAGAAGGUGCCGCCUGAGGACAAGGUGCUGCUGCGGGUGCUGAACGCCCGGCAGUUCGGUCUCAAGAUGAUCGCCAACGUGAGCUACGGCUACACGGCGGCGGGCUUCAGCGGCCGCAUGCCCUUCGCCGAGCUGGCGGACGCGAUUGUGCAGAGCGGGCGGCAGACCCUGGAGAACGCCAUUGCCAUGGUGGAGUCGCACCCCGAGUGGCGGGCGCGGGUUGUGUACGGCGACACCGACUCCAUGUUCGUACUGCUGCAGGGUCGCAGCCGCAAGGAAGCUUUCCGCAUCGGUGCCGAGAUUGCCCGCGCCGUGACCGCCGCCAACCCCUCGCCCGUCACCCUCAAGAUGGAAAAGGUGUACCACCCGUGCCUGCUGCAGACCAAGAAGCGCUACGUGGGGUUCUCCUACGAGUCCCCAACACAGGCCAGCCCCACAUUUGACGCUAAGGGCAUUGAGACGGUGCGGCGCGACAGCUGCCCGGCGGUGGCCAAGCUGCUGGAGCAGAGCAUCCGGCUGCUGUUCGGGAGCAAGGACCUCAGCGGGGUGAAGUCCUACCUGCAGCGGCAGUGGACCAAGAUCCUGUCCAACCGGGUGUCGGUGCAGGACUUCAUAUUCGCCAAGGAAGUCAGGCUGGGCACCUACUCCGCCAACGCCGCCACCAUGCCGCCCGCCGCCGAGGUGGCGGCUCGCGCCAUGGCGGCUGACCCGCGGGCCGAGCCCAAGUACGCCGAGCGGGUGCCGUACGUGGUGGUGCACGCCGAGCCGGGCGCCCGGCUGGUGGACAGCGCCGUGAGUCCCUGGGCGCUGGUGGAGGCGGGCGGCUCGCUGCGGCUCAACGGCACCUACUACAUCACCAAGCAAAUCAUACCCGCACUGGAGCGAGUGCUCAGCCUGGUGGGCGCCGACGUGCGCGCCUGGUUCGCCGAGAUGCCGCGGCCGCAGCGCAUGCUGCCGCAGAAGCGGCCGGCGGGUGCGCUGCCGCUCGCCACGGGUGGCGGCGGCGGCUUUGGCGGCGGCGGGGCGGCGGGGCUGCAAGCGGCUGGCGUGGCAGGCAUGCUGGCGGGCGCGGCCGCGGGCGGCACCAUUGACCGCUUCUACCUGUCUCGGCACUGCGUGGUCUGCGACCAGCUCACGCGUGCGGCACAGCCGCUGUGCGAUGUGUGCAAGCGCGACCCGCAGGCCUCCCUGGCGCUGCUGGCGGCGCAGGUGGCCCGACUGGAGCGGCAGCACACCCACAUGGUGCGCAUGUGCCUGCACUGCGGCGGCGGCGGCGGCCGCGUCGUGCCACUGCCGCUGCAGACACAGCACGGCGCCGCAGCAGCGGCUGGACCGGGUGCGGCCGCCGCGCCUGGAGGCAGUGGCGGCGGAGGAUGGGGAGGAGGGCAGAGGGGCGGCGCGGCAGCCACCUUCGGCCGCGGUGGAUGCCACGGCGCAGGGUUGGGCGGCAGGGGCGCACGUGGCGCUGGCGUGGCAGCCUGCGACCUCAACUCGUACAACGCGGGGUGCGGCGGCGUUGUGUGCGACUCGCUGGACUGCGGCGUGUACUUCGAGCGGAGAAAGCUGGCGGCUGAGCUGGGAGCGCUGGGUGGUUUGCUGCGCAGUGUGCGUAUGUUGUGGACGGACGAAGACCGGUCCAGCACGUAAGUCCAGCACUUGAAAUGUCGCCACCACUUGCGCGGGCCUCUUCUCUGGGUGGCGAGCGACUUCUUGAGGUGGCGCUGCGUGGACUCUGAAGCUUUUAUAACCUGGAUCCUUAUAAAGCUGCGUUGGAAUGGGUUUGAGCGCUGCGUUUUGGUGAAUGUUACGGUCAAUCGACGCACUGCACGCCGUUCCCGUUCGCUGAUAGUGUCGUGAUACGAUACCGUCGUGUAUGAAGUAGUAUUGAUAAUGCUGGGUGCGGCGCAGUGUCGUUGCGUCUUCCGAAGAUGGAAUCCCACUGCACUCGUCAACAUUUCGCCACUUGGCUUAAAACUUACUUGAGCUGUACUGCUGUAUACACAUCGUGUCG